AUGGAAAAUCAAAAGGAAGAUUUAUUUGAAAUGCAAAUAAAUUCCCCAGACAUAGUGAUUUCAUCUUUGAAAGAACUACUGUUUUCAGAUCUUUAUAGUGAUUUUACUGUAAUUAUUGAAAAAACUGGAGAAAGAAUUCCAGCACAUAGCCAAAUUUUGGCAGCAGCAAGCCCUUACUUCGCAAGGCUGCUUUACGGCCCAUUUGUAGAAGGCUCUUCUAACAUCAAUCUGCGAUUAAGCAAAAUUUUUGAAAAAUUCUUGCUUUUAGGGAAAAAUUAGUCCUCUGGAGAGAGCUAAAGUUUAAAAAUAAUUUAAUAUAUAAAUAAUGGUUAUUAAAAAAACACAAUAUAUUAAAUUUUAAAUAGCUUACAUUUUAAUAUAAAUUUUAUAAAUUAAUUAAAAUUUUUGCAAAUUGAUUUUUUUAAAUUAUACCUUCCAAGCGAAAACUUUUUGCUUGCUCACAUAUAGAAGUAAACAAAUGAGAGUAAACGAUACAAGCUCAGAUAUUUUUAAAUCACUAUUACAAUUUCUCUAUACAGGAAGCAUAAAUCUGAAUAUUUCUACUAUAGUUCCUUUAAUUAAAGCUGCAGACGCAUUUUGCAUUGCUACAGCAAAAUCAGAGUUUUGCAAUGCAGCUAAAACCAUAAUAGAAAGUUUAGACACUUCGCCGUCAACUCUUGAACAAAUUUCGAUAAUCCUUACAGACUCUUAUGAUUUGAAAAUUCUAGAAAUCCAAGAAAUGUGUUUAGAAUAUAUUGAUCUGUAUACAGAAGAGUAUUUAGAAAGCGAAGCAUUUUUGCAUUUACCGAUAGAAAUUGUUGAGUUGAUUUUAGAAAGAGACACUUUAUGCGACGGUGUAUUUGAGGUAAGUUUGUAUUUGGCUUGCUUAAGAUAUGUAAGAGGAGAUGGUAGCAUUAAUCAAGAAAUUCAUGAAAACUUUGAUGUCGGUAUGUUUACAGCUGAAAAUAUUGAAAUCCUUAGUAGGCUGUUUGCACAUAUAAGAUUUCCACUAAUUCCAGCAAGCUAUAUUAUAAGAGAAAUUGAGCCUACUCACCUUAUUUCUAAAGAUGAUCUUUAUCAUGCUGUUGCUUUUCAAGCUGCACCUCAUAUGUACCAAAUGAGUGAUAAUAAAAUAUUUAAAGAAAGAUCAGGCAGUAAAAGACCAUGGACAUGAAACUCAAACAAAAUAGGAUCUCUCAUUGUCUUAUCAAGCGACAAAAAAACAGCUGUUGGGCACCAUUAUGACUGGGAAAAAGUUCUAGGUGACGUAAAUUGGUAUGCUGGAGUCCACACAUAUUCUGUCAUUUUAGAGAUGAAUGCCUCAGCAUCCAGCAACUCCUGGCAAAUCAUUGUAGGAGUCGCUCACCCUGACACUUCAUUAUCUGGGCAUCUAGGGUCAGGAAGUAAAGAAUGGGGACUAGCUUGUUAUAAUGGCCUAAAAAUUUCUAGUGGAGACACAAGAGAAGAAUUUACAACACCAAGUAAGCGAGGAGAUGUCAUUACUGUAAAAGUAGACAUAAUGCAUCAGACGCUAGAGUUCUUUAGGAACGGGGUGCUAGUCUUAGUUAACUUAGUGCUUAAAGUGCCAUUUUCUUCAGAAAGAUGCAAGUAGCGGCCCACCUUUUUAACUCCUAGUAGCGAUGUAGCCGGACCUUCAGACUUCGGCAAUCAAAAGCAAGUUCUCUGCCUUACUCAGCUACUGCGCGUGCUUCGCCUUAGGGUCACCCUCCAUGGGUGUCUGAGAGGGAUUAGAUUAAGCCUCUGAGCAGUUUCCCAGCCUUAUGACCCAAAUUAAGCCGCUGCUGUGUAGAAGUUCUCAAAGAAAAACCAGCCCACAAAUAAAAUUCCAUAAAGGAGAGAAGAUUAGCAUCGCUAACUUCUCUCAAACCUCAUAACCAUUUUAUCUAUUAGGAACGGGAUAUCCCUUGGAAUUGCAUAUAAUAAAGUGACAGGACCAUUAUGUCCAGCAGUUUCUCUAUUAAAAAGCCAACGUGUAGUAUUGAAAUUCGAUUAA